CGAACUGGCCAAUGCGCGCUCGAGCCACCGUCGACCGCUACGGACUUGCAGCAGUUUCUGUGUGCAACGAGGGUGCGUGCGAGCAUCCCACAGUACACCAAGCUAGUUGCCCCGUUGACGAGGUUGAUUGAUAUCGCGACCGACUCCCGAAAGAAACCCGCGUUGACAAGAGUGGCAUUGAAUUCAGUCGGAUGGGCCUAG